CCCGCCUUCACCACCCGCCCCUCCCCCCGCCGUCGCGCACAUCCACAAUGGCCGCACCCGACCCAAAGGAAGCCUGGCAGCGCAUCCAAAAUGAGCUCACCCGCCGCACCUCGCGCCUCGGCGGCUCCGGCGGCGGCGCCCCCAAAGGCACAGCAGGCGGCAUCGCAGGCCUCGUCCUGCUCGGCGGCGGCCUCUGGCUCGCCAACAACGCGCUGUUCAACGUCGACGGAGGACACCGCGCCAUCAAGUACACGCGCUUGGGCGGUGUGCAGAAGGAGAUCUACAACGAGGGCACGCACUUCAACAUGCCGUGGUUCGAGACGCCCAUCACGUACGACGUGCGCGCGAAGCCGAGGAACGUGGCGUCUUUGACGGGAACAAAGGAUUUGCAGAUGGUCAACAUUACGUGCAGAGUGCUCAGCAGGCCGAGGGUGGAGGCGCUGCCGCAGAUCUACAGGACGUUGGGAACGGAUUAUGAUGAGAGGGUGCUGCCGUCGAUUGUCAAUGAGGUGCUGAAGAGCGUGGUUGCGCAGUUCAAUGCUUCGCAACUCAUCACUCAGCGUGAGAACGUCUCACGGUUGGUGCGCGACAACCUUGUCCGGAGAGCGGCGAGGUUCAACAUCAUGCUCGACGAUGUCUCCCUUACACACCUAGCCUUCUCCCCCGAAUUCACCGCCGCCGUCGAAGCCAAGCAAGUCGCCCAACAAGAAGCGCAGCGCGCCGCCUUCGUCGUCGACAAAGCGCGCCAGGAGAAGCAAGCCACCGUUGUCCGCGCCCAGGGUGAGGCACGCUCCGCCGAGCUGAUCGGAGACGCCAUCAAGAAGUCGCGCACAUACGUCGAUCUGCGAGAGUUCGAGAACGCGAGGAACAUUGCCCAGAUCCUGCAGCAGUCUGCGAACAAGGUCUACCUCGACUCGAACGGUCUUGGUCUUAAUGUCAGUCAGACAACGAGCGAUAAGGAGAAGAGGGCGAAGCAGUAGAGGGUGGUAUGGUGAAGAUGAGAAGAUGAGAGAGGAAGCAUGUGAUAUUGUGUAUAAUUACAAUUAUGGAGCGGGAGGAGAAGAAGCGCAUCAUGCAAGCGUGCGAGUACGUAGCUUUCCACUCAUGUCUAACUACCAAUUUCUGGACUCAAGCUGUGUGUCCCCCUG